GUUCGCAUCAGCAUAUGCGCGGCGCAGCUAUUAACAGCCUACCGUAAACAAAAGCUUGGCCUGGCCAGUGGAGCUCUGAACAGUGAAUGAGACAAUGCCAGCAUGGGGGAAGGCAAUGCGCUGCGCCCUUUCAGGCUUCUCCUCCUCUUCUUCGCUCUCACUUUGGAUCGUGCGCUCAAUGUUGCAGCGAAGGGCGGCGACGUCAACAUGACGGCGCACGUCCCAUACACCACCAUUCUCUUCCCUGGUUUUGCAUCUUCACGACUGAGGGCCUGGGCGGACUUGGACUGUCCGUUGUCUCCGUUGGACUUCCACCCCCUUGAUUACGUUUGGCUGGACGUGAAGAAGGUGGUUGCAGUCCCUGGCUGUUGGCUCAAGUGCAUGAUGCUGGAUGCGGAUAACCAGACGGACCACCCUGACUGCAAGAGCAGGCCAGAUACAGGACUAGGGGCUGUUACUGAGCUGGACCCAGGGUACCUCACAGGCCCGCUUUCGUCCAUCUGGCGGGAGAUGAUCAGCUGGCUCGUCGAGUUUGGGGUGGACCCAGCAGCGGUUGUUGCGGUUCCGUACGACUUUCGUCUGCCGCCGCGCAAGUUGCAAGAGCGGGACCUCUUCUUCUCGCGCCUCAAGAACACGUUCGAGAUGGCCCACCUGCAGCGCGGCCGUGGCGCGAUCGUGCUCGCGCACUCCCUGGGCAACAACGUGUUCCGUUACUUCAUCGAGUUCCUUAAAGGCGAGCUCGCGCCGCGGGAUUACCAGGCGUGGCUGGACCGGCACAUACACGCAUACCACGCGAUCGGGGCGCCGUUUCUGGGGGCCGCGGAGUCGAUGAAGGCGGCGCUGACGGGGCUCACUUUCGGGCUGCCGAUCUCGGAGGGCACGGCGCGUAUGAUGAGCAACUCGUUCGGCUCGUCCGCGUGGAUGUUCCCCUUCUCGCGCUUCUGCCCGAUGCACCCGACGCGCAAGUGCGAGCGGUGGCGGCACAAGGGCCAGCCCGCGACGCCCACCGCGCCCGUGCUGUGCAAACCGGACGCGGACGCGGACCCGUACGCAGCGUGGCCCACGGACGUCCUGCAAUUCGACAUGGGAAAGCCGCAGGAAGAGGCAUACCCAGCAGUCUCUGAGGAGGCGGCAGCGGCGGCCGGAGUGGUUGGGAAUCUCUCCCCCGGGCUCAACUACUCGUACUCCCCUGCGGACAUUGCGGACGGGACGGUCUUCCGGGACAUUGCGCUAUUGGAUCCGGACGCCGGAAAGAUGCUGCACAGGCUCGGCAAGUACUAUCACGAUGACCCGAUUCUCAAUCCGCUGACCCCCUGGGAGCGGCCCCCAAUCAAGAAUGUUUACUGCACCUACGGAGUGGACCUGCGGACAGAAGUGGGCUACAAGUACGAGCCCAGCGGACGUCCGUAUCCGGAGAACUGGAUCAUGACCGACGUCAUGUACGAGGGGGAAGGGGGCGCGCUGACGUCACGGUCAGGAAGCCCGGUAGAAGGGCGACCGAGCGCCCGGGGGGGCGACACUACCGUGCCGUACCACUCGCUCUCGUGGUGCAAAGAGUGGCUAGGGCCGACCGUCAACGUCACCCGAGCCCCUCAGGGUGCGCACAACGGGAGCGAUCUGUUCGUGGCUGUGAACGUGCACAAGCGGAGCGACUCCUCGGUGGACGUCGAGAUUCCCCCGCCCUUCCCCGGAACGCGGUACACCACAUUCUUCGAGGACUCGCACAGCAUCCCCGGGUGGCGAACCGCUGUCUGGGAGAUGGACCGAGUGGACCACCGGAGCAUCGUGCGGCACGCGGCGUUCCUGCGGGAGAUGUUUCUGGAGACGAUCCACGAGUCGCACCAUCAGGCGGAGCAUCCCUUUGUGCCCAAAGAUACCCGAAGCCCUCUGCGUGACGAGGACUGUUUUUGGGACUACGGGCGCGCGCGCUGCGCGAUGCCGGAGAAGUGCGAAUACAGGUACGUCUUUGGAGACAUCCAUCUGGGACAGAGUUGCCGGUUGAAGAACAACCUCCCUCCGAAAACGCUGCUGCAGCAUUACUUGUAGAAGAGAUCGUCAAAGAUUGACUUGAUAACAUUUUUUGAGGGCCGCCGGGUCAAACCUACACAGUGCUGAGGGCCAGAUUUCAGUUCUAUGUUGGUUUAAGACCAUUAGCGGAUGGUCGUAAGCAGUUAUAUUUUCGAAGUCAAAGGUACGAGUAUCGAUUCCUUGACAUUGAAGCUUGGUGCGAACUUCGAUUGAGUAGACUCGAAUUAAGCUGGACUAUGAGCAUUAUCAUCAAGGCUAGACCCUUGCUGGUCCAAUAAUGCACAAGUUGUAAAGAAAGCGAUAUGAACUUAGAGUUAUCGGAUGUGUUUAGUCGAUGGCCAGAAAAUGCAGAUUACGGUUAAGGUUGACUUGGGUGUCCGAAAUGACUCCGUUUGAUCAAGGACGUUGCUUGUGACAAUCA